GCCGGUUCGUUUUCGGAAGGAGCCCGUAACGCCACGUGCAUGCCGCCCACCAAACCCAACACCCCGGGGAAGGCGCCGGCGACCGUCCCGGCGCGAGCGGUCGUCGGCGGGAAGGCGAUGUACCGCGCCGCCCCGCCGCUUGCAGCGCCUCCAAGAACUGGCGCCAGGCAGUUGGACAUGGCCGACUGGCUGAUGCCGGUGCUGUCGCGCGUGGCCGUCUGGAAAGAGCCGGAAGCCAAGAAGGUCCAGGAAGGAGCAGCGCGCCCGGUACACCCGGUGCUCGGGGUAGAACCGACGGCGUCGGCCUCGCUUGCGGCCGGGGGGUCGGGACCCCCCCGGGACCCCCCCCCGCCCGUCGCCGCCUCUCCCCCCCCCCCCGCUCCGCGCUCCCGCACCCGCCGCAGCAGCAGCACCGAGUCCGACAUGGCCCGGGGGCGGGGGCUGCGGCGGGAGGGGCGGGGCUGCGGCGGGAGG